UCAGUCCUGCAAACUGCUCGCCCGGAGGCGGUGAGUGCAGGGAGCCGUGAGCCGGAGCCCAGCGGGGAGGCACUGGUGGACGGCGCGCUCCGUGGGUGUGUUGGCUUUAGGAAUCUGGUGUUGAUUUGCUGCUGUGGGUGUUGAAGCUCGGGCCGUUUGCUUCCUGCCCUCAGCACCAUGGAUCUGCACCUCUUCGACUACUCGGAACCGGGGAACUUCUCCGACGUCAGCUGGCCGUGCAACGGCAGCGACUGCAUCGUCGUGGACACGGUGCUGUGCCCCCACAUGCCCAACAAAAGCCUUCUGCUGUACACGCUGGCCUUCGUUCACAUCUUCAUCUUCGUGAUCGGCAUGAUCGCCAACUCCGUGGUGGUCUGGGUCACCAUCCAGGCCAAGACCACCGGCUACGACACGCACUGCUACAUCCUCAACCUGGCCAUCGCCGACCUGUGGGUGGUGGUCACCAUCCCCGUCUGGGUGGUCAGCCUCGUGCAGCACAACCAGUGGCCCAUGGGGGAGCUCACGUGCAAGAUCACGCACCUCAUCUUCUCCAUCAACCUGUUCGGCAGCAUCUUCUUCCUGACGUGCAUGAGCGUGGACCGCUACCUAUCCCUCACCUACUUCGCCGGCACGUCGAGCCGCAGGAAGAAGGCGGUUCGCCGCACCGUCUGCGUCCUGGUGUGGCUGCUGGCCUUCUGCGUGUCCCUGCCCGACACCUACUACCUGAAGACCGUCACGUCGGCGUCCAACAACGAGACCUACUGCCGCUCCUUCUACCCCGAGCACAGCGUCAAGGAGUGGCUCAUCAGCAUGGAGCUGGUCUCCGUCGUGCUGGGCUUCGCCGUCCCCUCCUGCGUCAUCGCCGUCUUCUACUGCCUGCUGGCCCGAGCCAUCUCGGCGUCCGGUGACCAGGAGAAGCAGACCAGCCGGAAGAUCAUCUUCUCCUACGUGGUGGUCUUCCUCGUGUGCUGGCUCCCUUACCAUGUGGUGGUGCUCCUGGACAUCUUCUCCAUCCUCCACUACCUCCCCUUCACCUGCCAGCUGGAGAACUUCCUGUUCACGGCCCUGCACGUCACACAGUGCCUGUCCCUGGUGCACUGCUGCGUCAACCCCGUGCUCUACAGUUUCAUCAACCGUAACUACAGGUACGAGCUGAUGAAGGCCUUCAUCUUUAAGUACUCGGCCAAGACGGGCCUCACCAAACUCAUCGACGCCUCCAGAGUGUCUGAGACGGAGUACUCGGCCUUGGAGCAGAACACCAAGUGACGCGCCCUGCGGGGUCCCGGGGACUGAAGGUGCCCGUUUUCCACGCGGCACCGGGAUGCGUCGUUUCCCGAGCGCGCGGCCAGGUGGCUUCGGGGCCGGGCGCCCGAGUGGCGGGAAGAGGGGAGCGUGUGCCACGGGCCGCCGUGGCGGCUGCCACGCGGCCGUGCGUCCUGGCGGUGUCUCCUCACGCAGGUGUGACCGACCUGUUGGCCCAAGCCUGCCGCGGGGAUGGGCUUGCCUGCACUUGUGUAAAAUAGGACUUUCCGUGCUCCCCGAAGGUUUUCUAUGGCGAUUUGUAUUUAAAUCUUAAGACUUUAUUUUCUCACUAUCGGUGUACCUGAUAAACGUAUUUGAAAGUUUAAAUAUAUUUUAAAUAUCAUACGGGAGGCACAACGCUGACUUGUAUUCAGAGCGUGGUAGUUUGAAGACUAGUUUGACUUCCGUGUUGACUAAGGAUGACAUUAACUGUUAGCUGGUUUGAAAGGAUAUAUCUAUAAAUAUAUAAGUAUAUAAAUAUACGCCAGUCUUGGCGGAAAGGCUUUAUUUACGAUAGUUUUAUGUCUGUGUGGUGCUUUGGGGUAUGGAACGACAAAACGACUCUGUCAUGCAGCCUGUGAUCUUAUGGGUGUUGUAAAAGUACGUGAAAAAGGCGAAACAAAGCACAGCUGCCCCGGGCUGCGACGCUGUGCACAAAGCGAGCGGUCUUAUUCCAGAAAGUUCUCUCCGUUUGUAAGUUAUUUUUUUUUUUAAUAAAGUUUUUUUUUUUCCUAAAAA